AUGGACGAAUCUCAGGCCCAAUGUUCGUGCUCCCGGGACAGCGAUGCCAGUGCUCUGUCACACAAUAAGCGAAUCGUUUUCGUCCGACGACCAGGAGAAAAUAAUUUUCCAACAGCCGACUGCUUCCAGUGCGAGGAUUGUCCGGCACCGAACGGAUCCGAUGUAGCGGCCGGACAGUGCAUCGUGCGCACACUCUAUUUAUCGGUCGAUCCUGCCCAGGUACCAUCCCCUCUUACUAUUUUUUGUUCUUUAUAA